AUGUCACAGGUGCAGACGCCGGCUGUUCAAGAGUCUUCUUCACGUCCAACAACACAAAAUUCUAUUCAAUCUUCAAAUCCAAGUUUACUAAAGCCAAACAAUGAAACCUCAUAUCAAACUAGUUUUUUCAAUAAGGACGACUAUGCCUUUUUCAGAAGUGAAGAAAGUUCAGCUGAUAUUAUCAAUGAGUUAGAGAAUAGUAAAACUGAAGUUUUAGACUUUGAUCAAUUAAGUCCCCUCCAUGACUUCAAACAAUCAACAAACAUCCAAUUGAGCUCUGGGUUAGAAUUCUUGAAUGAAAUCCCAAGCUCAUGUGUGGAGUUUGCUUACAAGAAAAUAUCAUCAGAGCUAUGUACAGGAGUAAGUGCAUUUGCAAACUCAGAAUAUACUUCAUCAUCAAAGUUAACUCCAUGUACUAUAAAAUAUGAAGAUUUUUCACCAACUACAAAGAAUUCAUAUCAUCGGAAAUUCGCCAUUGAAGAGAUAAUUGAAACUGAAGAAACUUAUAUUAGCUCGCUAAAGAUGCUUUCUGGAAUCUAUCUUGGUUCAUUAAUUACCAAAGGUAGUGAUGGAGUUCCAAUUAAAUUACUACAUAGUUAUAUUGAAUCCUUGAUAACAAAUCACCAAAGUUUCUUGAAAGAUUUGAGAUCACUAUUUUAUUUUUAUUUGAAACCAUCUAUUAGAAACAACUUAUCCCCUGGUUUAAGAACAAGAGCAGAAGAGCUUUUAUCUUGUUCAUCUCCAUUGAUGGCUGCAUUGGUUUCUCAACUUAUAGCAGAAAAGGCUAUUAGUCUUUAUUUUUACCAAGAACUAAGUUGUCUUCAUGAGUUAGUCUUGAGGCUAAUGGCUGCCAAAGAAUCUGAUCCUGAAUUUGGCUCAACACUAACAAAGGGAUAUCAAUUAUUUUUGGAAGCUACACAAGGUUCAAAUAGCAGAAUGGAUCUUUCAUUUUCAUCAUUGAUACAAAAACCAAUCUCAAGAAUUGGGAAAUACAAACUUUUCGUGGAGAAUUUAUUGAAACUUACACCAAUCUCAGAGGAUCCAUUAUGUCAUAGUAAGAUAGAGCUGUCAUUACAUCAAAUAGAUGAUCGAAUUAAGCUUGUUAAUAGGUAUGGAUUAGAAGAGAAGUUCAAGGCAAAUUCACUAUUUCAAAAUUUGGUUUUCGGUGUAAAGACUUUGAAAUUUCCAGUAGAGUAUCUAGGAUUGCCAAUUUUACUGGGUUCAUUGCACUGUGUUUGGGUUGGAAAAGAAAGACAAGUACAUGCUCAGCUACUUGGUGCCUUCUUAUUCAAGACGCAUUUGGUACUUGCCCAUAUUUCCAAGAUCAAUAGAUAUGAAGUGAAGUUUUUAAUUCCACUCUCUAUAUGUAAAGUUGUUGAUAACUCAGAUAUGAUGGGUGGUUUAUUCACAAAUUACAAACAUUCUUUUAAGUUAAUAUUUGAGCAUGAUUAUACGUUAAUUGAGCUUUUGUGUUUACAAUAUGAUGAAAUGGAAUGUGAAGUUUGGAAAAACAAGUUGAAUAUUUUGGUUAAUUAUGUGAAUGGUCCAUACAAAUUUGAUUAC